AAAAAAAAAAAGAAAAAAAAAAAAAACUUUUGCGAUUAUGUUUACCGUUACUUUUUGUUUGGUUACUGAGAAAAUACGAGAUGGGAAGUGAAAAGAAAGUUCGUGAUUUGCUUUCUGAGUUUUAUGUUUGUUGUCGUGCUUGAAUGCAGAGGACUCGACGAAGCAGUUGUCCAGGGAGAUAUCUUCUAUAUUGUCCGGUAUGUGUUUGUGAAAUUUACUCUGAGAGUUUUAAAUUGUUUAAAGUCUUAAAAUUUUUGGGGGUCCUUGAUUUUGAGAUAACGGAUUACUUUGAAAGUGGAAGUUUGAAUUUUUAUAAGGAUUUCGUAACCUGGGUAGUUGUACACUUGUACUCUGUUGUAGCUAUGCUAUUUUAUUUGAGAAAUUCACUUACUCAGCUAUGGCUCAAAUAGUCAAAUGGUACUUCUUUCGUUUAAAUAAGUUGUGGGUUUAAGAUCCAUUGGGUGUCUGUGUAACUUAAAAAUGUAAGUAAGAAUGUCCAUUUUCUAGGGAAACAAGGUGAGCUUAUUAUGAAUUCUCUUUUGGGUUUAGUUUCAUUAGGUUGACAACGUGAAAGAAUCUAGGAGAGUUAAUUUUUUCCAUGUGAUUGUGAUAUAUUUCUAAAUUACUUCCCUGAAAAUUACGGGAGCUAGAAGAAGAUAAGAAUUUGGUAAUUUCGUUAUGACUGCCAUCCUAUUUGGGUCGAUUGGCUGCAUUUAAUGUUUUAGCCAACAAAUUUAAAGAAACAAAAUAUGUCGUCGUGGGUGAAAAGGCAAAGGCUCAAUUCAUGCGUGACUCCAGGAAGCACAUUGAUAUAUCCAUAACUGAGUUGCAGAAGAAUCCUCUAAAUUAUACACAGGAAAAUUUCUGGGAGAUGGGUGAUAUAUGUCCUUGUGGACCUUGCACUGAAAUACAUAUGAUAGAAUUCAUAUCAUAAUAGGGAAAGUGAUGGUUCUUUAAAACCCCUGCCUGCUAAGCAUGUUGAUACGGGCAUAGGUUUCAAAAGGUUGAUUUCUAUAUUUUCAGUUCAAAUUACUAAUAAAAAAAAAUAUUUUCAGCUCUAAUUAUCCAUUGUAUUUGUACAGUUUUUUUAUUGUGUUAAAAGAGUAGUUGAUUGGUUGUUGUAAAUUUAAUUAGGAAUUGCACAAUUGUGUUACAUUAUUUUGAAUUAGGUUAUUAAAUUUUGAUCAAUGUAAAAAGUGCAUCCAAAUUUAUUUAUUUAUUUAUUUUAAAGAAAAUACUAAUUUCAACGUUUACAAACCGUUGAAAUUUAUCUCAAGAUAUCCUUUAUCGACCGUUGAGUACAUGUAGAAAAAAGUAAUAAGCAUCUUUAUGUGUUUAUGUUUCAACGGCUUUUAAUAAUACUUUGACGUUUAUUAACCGUUGAUAAAAGUGUAACUUUUUUUUCGACGGUUGCAUAGGCCGUAGAAAAAAAUUUUCGACAUAGUUUUUAAUGACGGUUUUCAACGGUUUUUAGUACUUCUUUCAACGGUUUCAGCCGUUGAAAAUAACCAAAUUUCUUGUAGUGUAUAUAUGUAUGUAUUUCAGCUUUGCUUUGAUUUGAUUCAAAAGUGGAUUAGGAGAAAUCCUAAAGCUUCCAUUUGCACCGCUGAAGGAGUUCACGAAUUCAAGAAUAUUGCUAUCUUCCAGGACUAUCAUGGCUUCAAGGAGUUUAGACAAGCUGUAGCAAACUUUAUGAGUAAAGCAAGAGGUGGUAGGGUCACAUUUGAUCCAAGCCGCAUAGUCAUGAGUGGUGGAGCUACUGGAGCAAACGAGACAGUCAUGUUUUGCCUGGCCAAUCCUGGUGAUGCUUUCCUUGUACCCUCACCAUGUUAUCCAGUGUUUCCACGUGAAGGGUUGAUAUCAAACCUGAUUUUCUGCGAGACCCAUCUGGAUGACUCCUUCACAAUUAUCAAUAGGGUGAUAUAUAUGGGUUGUUAUCAUAUGCCUUCCACCCAUCAAACAGAAGAUCAAAUCAAGAAAUUUUGUGGCUAGAAAAACCUGGUAAGCCAAACAAUGAUAGUUGUACGCACAUUUUCUUUUUCUCUGGGCUAAUUUUUAACAUCAGAAGAUCAAAUCAAGAUAUUGUGUGGCUCAGAAAAAUCUGCUAUUAAGCCAAACAAUUAACCUGACGGCAGUAAAAGUGAUGCUUUAAAGUGUUCAAGGACCCACAAUCUUGCAUUCCCCAAUUUCAAUUUCAAUGUUUUUCUCAUUGCAUCCGCAUCCACUAUCUUUUCUUUUCCUAGCUACUUGUUAUUACAGUAAAGGCCUAAUUGCUUUUUACGAACAAUGCAAUUCCCAUUUUGUUGGACCGUCAACAUUACAUGACAAAUGAACAUUGGACCAUGGACGGCACGGUAACAUGGUUCAUAUCUGGCACAUAGAAGAAUUUUUGAAUGAAGCAGUACUGUAGUACUAUAGCUGAAUUAAUUUAAUGAUCCACGUUUGCUUGUUUACGCGGUAGAUAUCUUUGAAUAGCAAUGAUAAACGUGGUUGUCAUGUCACACUCUCAUUUCUAAGUUUCCUCUAAGGUCUAUGUAUAUAUAUAUUGUUGGCGUGAGCUGUCAGUGACUGGAGAAAUCGUAGGCCAGUUUGUUUAGAAUCCCUCCUCUUGAGGGUCAACCAUUAUAGUAGCCAUAAUUUGUGUAUAGCCUAGUUUAGCUUCUAGAUCCUUCUCUUUGUAUUGCUAUAUAACCAUACUUGUUUCUGUAAAGAAAUAUAAUGAAAUAUACGAGCAAUCAUUUUGACAU